AUGAGGGGGUUCUAUCUUCCCUUACUAGCUGCUAUUGGUUCCAGCGGACCGACAUUUGCUGCCCUCGCGCCGGCAGCCACUUCCUUGUCUUAUGUGAUAAGUCCACCGGUGGCUGAUGGCGGUAAAGCAUGGAAGGAUGCUCAUGCUCAAGCGGCAGAGCUCGUCGCAGAGAUGACACUUGAAGAAAAGGUAAGCGUUGUCACGGGCCAGGCAGGCCCAUGUGCGGGAAAUUCGGGCAAUGUUACUCGUCUUGGAAUCCCAAAAAUGUGUUUCCAGGAUGGCCCUGCGGGCGUUCGACCUAGUCUUGGAAACACCCAAUUUCCUUCAGGCGUGACAACUGCAGCCACCUGGGAUGUCGACCUCAUCUACGCGCGCUCCUACGCAAUGGGCAAAGAGUUCUACGAUAUGGGCGUCCAUGUUGCCAUGGCCAUGGUGACCGGUGGCCCUCUUGGGCGUUCUCCUUAUGGUGGUCGCAAUUGGGAAGGCUGGUAUGCUGAUCCCUACGGCACGGGAAUUGCAAGCUGGUAUGGCGUUAGAGGCAUGAUGGACUCCGGCGUCCAGACGUGCUCGAAACACUUUGGAUUUUAUGAGCAGGAAACUUAUAGCAUUUACAACGCUUCCGAGCAACUUCCAGUUUCUAGCAACGUUGAUGACAAAACCAGCCAUGAGAUAUACCUCUGGGCUUUCGCCGAGGCUGUGAGAGCGGGGACAACCCAUAUCAUGUGUGCAUACAACUGUAUUAAUGGUACACAUGCUUGCGCCAACUCAGAGGCAAAUAACGGUCUCCUCAAGGGCGAACUGAACUUUCAAGGUGCGGUCAUCAGCGACUGGGGCGGUGUUUGGGGUACUCAGGGUUUUGCGAUGGGGGGUCUGGACGUCAACAUGCCCGGACGGGGCUAUGGUAAUGUUUUGGGCCCCUUCUUCGACCAGGAACUGUACCACCUUGUUUCCAACCGGUCCAUUCCGGAGACACGCCUCAACGACAUGGUCGCGCGGGCCCUCACCCCGGCCAUCGUAACGGGGCAGCUGGACAAACCUCUUCCGUCAAUUGCCAUCAACUCAGUCGGUACCAAAAAUUGGCCGGUCCCAGCCACGUAUCGGAAUGUGCAGAAAAAAUCCACCAUCGAGCUCGUUAGGAAGAUAUCCACCGAUGGCACAGUUCUCCUAAAGAACACAGGUGGCCUGCCGCUCAAAAACCCGCAGAAUAUUGCGGUCAUCGGGCAGGAUGCUGGCCCUAAUAUCCUCGGCUUGCAGGGUUGUGGUAAGCUCUUCCGGGACUGCGAUAUCCACAACAAUAACGGGACUUUGAGUUUAGGGGGAGGCUCCGGCUACGCGUGGCCCCUGAAUCUGAUCACACCUCUCGACGCCAUACAGGCUGCAGCGCUGAAGGCCCGAUCUUUAGUCCAGUUUGUACUUAAUAACACGGCGGCUUCGGUUAUUGCGGAGACUGUCACUGGUAGUGCGCUCCCUAUUGGGCCCCCGGAUGUCUGUCUCGUCUUCGCAGACCGGUACAUGCGGGAGAAUAUGGACCGCAACGACUUGAGCCUCAACAUCGGCAACUGGACUCAUUCCGAGGAUAUCAUCGUACAGACCGCUGCAACUUGUAACAAUACCGUGGUCGUACUUCAUGUCGGAGGCCCCGUCAUCAUGGAGGCGUGGAUUGACAAUCCUAAUGUUACAGCUGUAGUCGCUCCCCUGUUUCCAGGCGAGCAGACUGGUCCGGGACUUGUCGACAUUCUCUGGGGACGAGUAUCCCCGAGUGCUAAAUUGCCCUUCACCAUUGCGAAGCAGGAAUCCGAUUAUCCACCAGACACUAUCUCUUACGACCACAGCGUCACCCCGCAAGCUAAUUUCACGGAAAAGCUGAAGAUUGACUACCGCUGGUUUGACACGUAUAACAUCACCCCACGAUUUGCUAAAUCUUCCCCUUAUUCCAAAGAGUUUGGUUUCGGCUUGACAUACUCAACAUUUGAGUACAACCACAUCGAGUUGAAAGACACCAUGCGGCCAGAUGAACACGCCAUCCAAGAGACCAAAGAGAAAUUUGCCGGCCAGAAGGGCGACGAAUCACUAUAUGAUAUCCUGGUGACAGUCACGGCGGCAGUCACAAACACUGGCGACUGGACUGCGUCCGAGGUGGCCCAACUCUACGUCGAAUUUCCAGCCACCGAAGACGAGCCUCCUAGGUUGCUCCGAGGCUUUGCCAAGUUGAAAAACAUGAAACCUGGAUCGACCGUAAAAGCAUCAUUCCCGAUUCGCCGCAAGGAUGUCAUGAUCUGGGAUGUCCACGACCAAGAGUGGCGAUUUCCAGAGGGACGGAAUGUAACUUUCCAUGUUGGUGCAAGUUCGAGGAAUCUACUCCUGUCCCUUGAACACACUUUUUGA